AUGACUACUAUGGAUCAGGACGCAGAGCAUUCGUUCAUCAACCAUGAACUCUCUGUUAAUCUAGACUCUACAAAUGCGUUCGAGGGCCCAGAGAAGCUUUUAGAAAUAUGGUUCUAUCCCAAUGAAGCGUCUAUUCCAAACAAGAAAAGUUUGCGUUCUAUAUCUCUAGACGACUGGAGUGAAAUGUUGGAUCUAAUGAAAUGUAAGGUUUUGUCUAUUAAGAAAACUGCGAAGAUGGAUGCUUUCUUAUUAAGCGAAUCGUCGAUGUUUGUAUUUGACCACAAGUUAACUUUAAAGACAUGUGGUACGACAACGACCUUGCUAUGCCUCGAAAAGUUGCUACGUACAGUGACUGAGGUCCUUUCGUGGGAUUUCCUACACCCAGUUGAAGGAAAAUAUAGCCCUUACAAGGUGUUCUAUUCUAGGAGAUGCUUCAUGUUCCCUCAUAAACAGCUAUCUGUCCACCGGAGCUGGUCUGACGAAGUUAACUACUUAAAAGGAUUUUUCACCUCUGGCAGUUCUUAUGUUAUUGGCCCCAGCGACCAAUGCAACCAUUGGAAGUUGUAUGUGACUGAAACUAAUAAGGAUCUCGAAACGCAGGUAGGCCCCGAAAAUAAAGAUGAGACGCUUGAAAUCCUCAUGACAGGACUAGACCCAAAGGUUGCUCAAAAAUUCUAUUACGACAGAACACCCAGUGCCGGUUCAACUGUCACCGAAGGCGAAUCUGGACACACUGUGGGCAACCAAAUGACCAAAAUCACAAAAUUAGACGCCAUCUAUGACAACAAGACCAAUUCAAAGCUAAUCCAAGACUCCUUUGCCUUUACUCCAUGCGGCUACUCUGCUAAUAUGAUGAUAGACGAAAAGUACUACUAUAAUACCCAUAUCACUCCUGAAUGCGACUGGUCUUACGCCUCUUUCGAAAGCAACCUACCAGUUGCUGAAAUUUCCGCAGGCACACAGACGCAGUUGGAUAUAGUCAACAAAGUUACCAGCAUAUUUUGCCCUACUGAUUUUUGUUUAACAUUCUUCGCCAAGAACACGUUAAAUGAGAACUUUCUAUCCCACACCGAACUACUAGAUGAGGUCCCUAACUACGAGCGUAAAGAUAAGGUUAUUCAGUACUUGGACGACUACCACCUUGUCUACAUAAGAUACACCCGUGCUGAGUAG